UGCGCGAAGCAGCAUCUGGCCACUCUGAUCCUACACUGUUGCAUUUGCAUUCGCCCCACAAACUUGAAGGAAAAACGAAAAUAAGCUGGGCAGAAAUGCCAAGCAAAUGUUAGGCUAAAGUAGUGAUUCUUUUCAAAAGUGAACGCGAGUCGAGCCGAGCAACGUGAAAGAGACGGAAAGUUAGGCAGGGCAAGUGCUUCGAAGUGUCAGUGCGACGGUAGGCGGUGCAACCGGAUCGAGCACAGGAACGAGCAGGCACAAGUGGAAGAGUGGAACACCAGUGCUGCACACGGGGACGCAGGGCAGGAAGGCAGGACGGAAGGAAGGUAGGGUGAAGAAGCAGUAGUUGGGUCGGCUGGACAUGAACGACCAGCGAAGCGGCGGCGAGGAGCCAGCCUCGCCGAAAGGUGCAUCCGCGUCGAUGACGCUGGCCGCAGCAGCCUUGGAAUCGCACAACACGCCAGAACGUGCACCAGAUGCUGGCGCCGAAACGGUAGUUGGUGCUGGUGCGGGCACAACGGGCGUUGAUGGUGGUAGUGAUGUAUUGGCCAGUGGAUCCCAGGCGAGCACUAGCACUAGUGCAGUAGGACGAGGCGUUGGAGGCGGUGCAUCUGCUUGUGGCAAGCAGCAGCAACAACAACCGCAAUUGAAUGCCACUGAUGUGCGCGAACUGCGCGAGAUUAAACAACUACUUUGGGGCGAGAAUGUGCGCGACGACGUAUUUAAACGUUGGUCGCAAGGAUUCGAGUUCAGCGAAUUCGAAUCGACCGCCUUGGUACAGAAACAGGGAGGACCUUGUGCUGUGAUAGCGCCCGUUCAGGCGUACUUGCUUAAGAUUAUUAUCAUGGACAUGCCAAGCGGCAUAAAGCUAUCGGAGAUUUCCUCCGACAAGUGCCAGAGCCUGUUGAUCCAGGCGCUGUGCAACAUCUUGAAGAACUGUCGGACGCCGCGCUAUCGUAUCGUGCAUCUGAUGCGCCGGCGUGGCUUCGCCUCUGCCGAUCCGGCAACCAAAGAGCGCUCGCCAUCCGCCACGUCCGAGUCGGCGGCGGCAGUGGCUGCCAGAGCAGCAGCAGCGGCUGCUUUGGAGACUGGAGUUGUGCCUGGACAGGGUGAGGGAGGUGGCGCUGACAUCGAUCUGGCCACGGAGGCCACGCCCGCUUCGGUGAGGGAACUGCUGCUGUCCCAGCAGCUAGACUCUGGCAACAGUCCAACACAAGUAGCUUCACACCAUCCCGAUCCACAGCGCGAACUAUCGCCCGAUGAGUUCCACAAUCGCCUGCACACGCUGCACUUCGACGACUACGAGUCCCUGGCCCGCUACUACACGGACAACUACGACCAGCUGGCGCACACCUACGGCGUCCUGCUGUUCAUGUACUCGGUGUUCCUCACCAAGGGCUCGGAGCAGGUGGCCGCCGAGGUAUCGGACACCUCGGAGCCGCUGAUACACAGCACCUAUGGCUAUGGCGCCCAGUCGCUAAUCAAUCUGAUGCUAACCGGACGGGCUGUGGCCCAUGUCUGGGACAACGAGCAGGACGUCGGUGGCCUGAAGCUGCGCGGCAUCUGUGAGCAGAGCGACAUUGGCUUCAUCACCCUGAUGGAGCAGAUGCGCUACUGCACUGUGGGUUCCUUCUUCAAGAAUCCCCGCUUCCCCGUCUGGGUUAUGGGAUCUGAUACGCAUUUAACUGUUCUAUUCAGCAACGAAAAGAGGCUUGUCUCACCGGAGACGCCCUCGGAGACGGGUCGCCGCAUCUUCAAGUCGUACGACCCGGAGGGCAACAACUUUAUAUCGAGCACCAUGCUCCGCGAAGUGCUCGCCGCUCUCAACUUGGUCAGCGAGCCGGCCUAUGUAAGCCUCAUGCAGAAGCGUUUGGAUCCCGAGAAUCUGGGCAUUAUCUUGCUGAACGCCUUCAUGGACGAGUUCUUUCCGCUGGAGCGCCGCUCUACGCCGGACACUUUCGAGCUGUUGCACUACAACGGUAUUCCCGGAUCCAAUGAGAAUAAUAAGGUGCGCUACUACUGCGGCUCUGCCAUUCUGCUGGAGGGCGAUCUGAAGUCGAUUUGCACCUCGAAUCCGAUGGUGACUUGCCUGCAGACCAAGUGGCCGAACAUUGAGAUCAAUUGGCAUGACACCCAUAUGCCGUCGCUGAAUUGACGCCGUCAACGGAGCAGGAGCAGGAGCAGGAGGGUGAAGCACCAGUAGGAGAGCAGAAGCGUGAUGAAAGGGAGGAGGAGCGGAU